AUGGCCCGUCAGGGUCGAGGAGUUGAGGUGUUGGCCCUUCUGCUGAAGGUGCCUUUUAACAUAGGCAGUGGUCAGCGCCAGAGCAAGCGGCCAAUUGGUAAUAGCACUGGUAUACUGCAGCAUCCAGAUGGGACUGUCCUGAAGCAGUUGCAGCCACCACCUCGUGGUCCCAGGGAGCAGGAGUUCUACAACAAGGUUUAUGACUCCGACUGUUGCGACAGCAUUCUUCUGGAGCUGCGGGAAUAUCUGCCAAAAUACUUCGGUGUCUGGUCACCACCUACUGCACCAAAUGAUACGUAUCUAAAACUGGAAGAUGUGACCCGUAAGUUUAAUAAGCCUUGCAUAAUGGAUGUAAAAAUAGGUCAGAAAAGUUAUGAUCCGUAUGCUUCAGCUGAGAAGAUACAGCAGCAGGUCAGCAAGUACCCGCUGAUGGAAGAGAUUGGCUUUUUGGUACUUGGCAUGAGGGUUUACCAUGUCUCUUCUGACAGCUAUGAGACGCAAAACCAGCACUAUGGAAGGAGCUUGACAAAGGAAACAGUGAAGGACGGCAUCUCAAAGUUUUUCCACAAUGGGUACUGCUUGAGAAAAGAUGCGAUAGCUGCCAGCAUUCAGAAGAUUGAAAAAAUUCUGAAGUGGUUUGAGGGCCAGCAGCAGCUCAACUUUUAUGCAAGCUCAUUACUGUUUGUUUAUGAAGGUUUGUGUCAGGCAACAACCGUGCGGUUGAGUGAUGUCACGCUGGCAGAGAAGAGAGGAGUGCCCAAAGGACUGUUAUCAGGUGGAGACAUACUGGAGUAUAAUAACAAUAUUCAUGUAAUAAAUUCUACAGAGAAUGGAAAAAUCGAGGCCUCUGUAAGUAAAGGCUUGUCCAAAUUCUAUGCACUUCACAAAAAGGCAUACUCGAAGAGGCACCACAGUCAACUCUCGCUAAAAGUUGAAAACUUGGAGCAAGACAACAUGUGGAAAAGCAGCACGUGCAUUACACAAGAGCAUCUGAAUGGAAACGUUAUACCCCAACUGGAAAAAGUUUUCUGUCACAUGCCAACAGAGAGAAAGGAAAGUGCAAACGUGGAAGUCCGAAUGAUAGAUUUUGCUCAUGUGUUUCCUAGCAACACAAAGGAUGAGGGCUACAUUUAUGGUCUGAAGAAUUUAAUCACAGUACUUCAGAAUAUUUUGGAUAACUAAAUUCUUUGCUAUGUUUUUUACUGGGGGCCAAUGAUAAAGAAGAGCAACAACAUGAAGAAUUUCUGCACUUGUAAUGCUGUAUAACUGGG